AUGACUAAAUACGGUGAAAAAACAUAUUGGGAUUCUCGUUAUAAAAAUAAUACUGAUUCGUUUGAUUGGUACCAAGACUAUAAUGGUCUGAGAGAUACAUUCAGUAGUAAUAUAAACAAAGAUGGUAAGAUAUUGAUGGUAGGUUGUGGUAAUUCAUUGCUAUCAGAGGAAAUGAAUAAAGAUGGCUAUAAAAUGAUUGUAAAUAUAGAUAUAUCGACUGUUAUUAUCGAUCAACUCAGAGAGAAAUAUAAGAAUUGUAAAGGUUUAGAGUAUAUGGCUGCCAACAUCAUGGAGACCCCGUUUAAAGAUGACUUUUUCGAUUUCAUUAUUGACAAAGGUACUUUCGAUGCUAUAAUGUGUGGAGAUAAUUUACAUAGCAAUGCCUUGCAAAUGUGCGAGGAAAUAUAUCGAAUAUUGAAGCCACUGGGCAAGUUCAUUUUAAUCUCUUAUGGCGAACCAGACGACCGCCUGUUUUAUUUGGAGCAAGAGGAAACAGAAUGGAAUAUAGAGGUACUAGAGAUACCGAAACCAACAACAUCCCAGCAAAAAGGUGUUCACUAUGUUUAUAUCAUGACAAAGCAAGAGUAUCAAGAUGAUGAUGAUGAUGAUGAUAAUGAAGAUGAAGAAGAUGAUGAUGAUAAUAGCGAAUCAGACACUACAGAGGAUAACAAUUAG